CCCAUGUUUGUACCUGUCUUCGCUGUCCAAUCUGUCGCCACUCAGUUCCGAGGAAUGUCGUCCGUCGUGUGUGUACAAUUCCAUAACUCAUACGAUUCUGCAUAAUUGGUGAAAAAAAGUGAUUUAGUGGAGUUUCUUGUCGAUGUCGCGAGUGUACACAAUGUGCUAGGAAGCUGUUCGGUGCAGAAGAAAAUCACUUUCCGAUGAAAAAUGGCAUUCUUAUGUCCGGUGCGAAUACGUCGUGGCAAGAAGAAAAAAUCUUCAAAUGGCGACAUCGAUAAGGAUUUAUCACGGCCUGGUAGCGGACUUGGCCUCAAUCAUGGCAUGGGAAGGAUAACCGGUUCAGCAAGUAUAGAGACCCUAGUGCGCGUUGGCAUCGAAAAGGAACAUGGUCUUAGCCCGGAUUCCAAAAUGGUCGUCUUGCACGACUUCACACCAUGCGUUGAUGACGAACUUGAAGUUAAACGAGGACAAAUUGUUAAUAUACUCUACCGUGAAAAUGACUGGGUGUACGUGAUAGGGCAAGAUACUCGACAAGAAGGUUUCAUCCCCUAUUCAUAUUGUGCGCCAUACAACACCCAGUUGGCUGACAUGGCAAUCAAGAAGAAAUUGCCACGCGAUCAGAGUAUACCAAAUGACUUAACGGACGGGGUCACAGACGGGGCACCGGAGCUUAUCGAUGAGACUGGUACUGUAGGCUUGGGAACAAUAGGAUCGGGAGGUGGUGGAGGAGGUGGUAGCGGAAGUGGUGGACUGCAAUCCCCCCUGAAGCAUUCACAAGCGAGUUUGAGUUCAGAGCCUGAUUUCUUGCCUUUUGCCAAAGAUCCUAGUGGUCGUUAUAUAGUCCUGUACACAUUUAUAGCUCGAGAUGAGAACGAUGUUUCGGUGGAACGAGGAGAGUUUGUAACAGUUUUAAAUCGUGAGGAUCCAGAUUGGUUCUGGAUCGUCCGGAGUGACGGUCAAGAAGGGUUCAUUCCGUCCGGAUUUGUCUAUCCUGCGGACAAUGUCCUUCAGUCGAAAAGUCUUGCACAGUCAUCAAUCCAGAAUAAUUCGAAUAACAAUCAAGCAAAUACGAUAGCAAAUAACAACGUAACCACUGCCACAAAUCAUACUAAUUCUAAUGGUACUAAUCAGAAUACAACAAUGAAUUCCGCGAAUAAUGUAAAUCAAGGAAAUAGUUGUACGCAGCAACCGCAGCAGAUGGUUGGGGCUGAUGAUUUGAGAUAUCACGGAACCGAGUUGGUUAUGCUGUAUGAUUAUAAGGCUCAAGCACCGGAUGAUCUUUCUGUGAGGCGGGGCGAUUGGAUCUAUGCUGAUUUAAAUAAUCAAACCGUUGAUGGUUGGCUUUGGGCAUACGCUCCGAAAACUAGGAAAUAUGGCUUCAUCCCCAAAGCAUACGCUAGACCGCCAGCUAUGACAAGUUUAUGAAAAAAGUGAAAUUCUCGUGGCUAUAAAACGUACUGUACAAUUAUUGAAAUAGGAUCGCUAAAACAAAGUGAACAAAAAUAAAUUAUGAAGAACAAACAACUAAGCUGUAAACUA